UCUAGAUCUUAAUUGAUGGGAGAGAACAAGGUUCAAUAGACAGCGAUGGAAAUGCAUUACCAACUUUGGUGUACAUGGCACGAGAGAAGAGACCUCAGCAUCAUCAUAACUUCAAAGCAGGGGCUAUGAACGCAUUGAUAAGGGCAUCAUCAGAGAUAAGCAACAGUCCGAUCAUCCUCAACAUGGACUGUGAUAUGUACUCGAACAACUCGGAGUCCAUCAGACAUGCAUUGUGCUUCUUCCUGGAUGAAGAGAAGGGUCAUGACAUUGGCUUUGUACAAUAUCCCCAGGUCUUUCAUAAUAUCACCAAGAAUGAUCUCUAUGACAAUUCCCUUAAUGUGAUCACUCAGCUGGACCACCCUGGCUUGGAUGGUUGGGGAGGAACUAUCUAUAUUGGCACUGGAUGCUUCCACAGAAGAGAGAUCCUUUGUGGGAGAAAGUAUAGCAAGGACUACAAGGAAGAUUGGAAGAGAGGCGCUGAGAGGAAAAUCACUAGAAGUGCUUGCAUACUGGAAGAGAGAGUAAAGUCCCUUCUGACCUGCACCUAUGAGCACAACACCCAAUGGGGACAGGAGAUUGGACUGAAGUAUGACUGUGCUGUGGAGGAUGUCAUCACUGGCCUAUUAAUUCAAUGUAGGGGGUGGAAGUCCGUCUUCAUCAAUCUUCAAAGGAAAGCCUUUCUAGGUGUUGCUCCCACAACACUAGCAGAAUCAUUGGUGCAGCACAAAAGAUGGAGUGAGGGGACUCUCCAAAUCUUUCUUUCCAAGUACUGCCCCUUCAUACUUGGUCGUGGCAAAAUCAAGCUAGGACUUCAGAUGGGCUAUUGCGUUUUCGGCUUGUGGGCUCCGAACUCACUCCCUACGCUCUAUUACCUUGUGAUCCCUUCCCUCUGCCUCCUCAAAGGCAUCUCGUUAUUCCCAAAGAUCACGAGCCCAUGGUUCGUGCCCUUUGCCUAUGUCACCAUUGGGAAACAUGUGCAUGGGCUCGUCGAAUCACUGCAAUGUGGUAACACUUUGGCUGGAUGGUGGAACUCUCAAAGGAUGUGGAUAUUGAGGAGGACCACCUCAUUCCUUUAUGGCAUCAUUGCUACCAUCUUAAAGUUGCUGGGGAUUUCUAAGAUGGGUUUCACAAUCACGGCAAAGGUGUCUGAUGGCGAUGCCUCUAAAAGGUACGAGCAGGAGGUUAUGGAAUUCGGGUCAUCAUCCUCAAUGUUUGUUAUCAUAGCAGCAAUUGCAAUGCUAAAUCUUUUCUGCUUGGUGGGAGGACUCCGAAGGCUGGUGGUAGAUGGGGGAAUUAUGGAUCUUGGGCGAUUAUUCAUUCAAAUUCUUCUCUGCGGGCUGGUCGUAGCCAUCCAUUUGCCCAUUUAUGAAGCUCUUUUCAUACGAAAGGAUAAAGGCAGCCUACCCCUCUCUGUCACAUUUCUCUCCCUUGGUUUUGCGACGUUCGCAUCUCUGCUAACUAUGGUAUAAAUCACUAGAGUGCUGAACUGCACUUUUGGUCUUCACAUGGACUCUUAAUCCGUUUUAUAGAAUAUUUUUUUCCUUCGCUUUGUAGUUGUAGUCCCGAGAGUAAUGGUAUCAGUUACUCCCUUGGGCCAAGUGCAAUAAAGAAUUCUGUCCUGGUGUGCAAUAGUUACAGCCUAAAGGAUACUUAAAUUUUUGAUAGCAAAGUUGACAAAAUUUAUGGUAA